CUCAUAAGUCAAGAUAUAGAACUCGAGAGGCUCAUUUGGAAGGGUUGAGUUGUCAGCGUCGUGUCUGAAGGUAUAUACAGAAGGAAGGUUAUUGUCUUCUUGUUGUUACCUGGCGCGAAAAGUGUCAAUUGGAGCCUUGUCUCUGAACUUUUCAUCUAUCUGUAAGUUUUUUACGCAAUAUAUUUUUUCGUCAGCAGAUCGCCAGCCAUCGGCAAUGGCGAAUUCCACGGCGAUCAUCGACGGUCCAAAGGAAAACUUGCCCGUUACACAUCCCAACGGCGUGCUGGUCAUGCCUCUCCCACCAAACAGCGGGGAACUGCCAGCCAGCAUACCUGCCGGCUAUCCCGAGGACGUGAAGCUAAGGGGCUUCGAUGGAGUCCACAAGCCCAACGAGGUGGGCACAUCUGCAGGCCCCACCCCGCAGUUUUACUACAACCAGCCCGGCUACCAGGAUCUUCAGGGCCAGCCAGCCCCAGUGGCGCAAGGCAUGAGCGUGGGGCCCAUGUCUGCGAAUGCACCGCUCUACUGCCCGCCAACUCAGGACGGCCCCGCCUUCCUUGGAGCAACCAUAGGCCACGAGCCCAUCCCCAUCCACUGCGGUGCCUGUGGCUUCAGGGGCAUGAGCCAUGUCAUAAAGACAAGGGGAUGGGCGUAUGGAAUGUGGGGAUUGAUGACUCUGGGCCUGGGACUGCUAUGUCAUGUUGGCAUGGACACACACCACUUCUGCCCGCAGUGCAAAAAGCAUGUGGCAGACGCGAAGCUCAUGUAACGGGUGAUGGUGCAUUGCUUGAAUGACAUCGUGUACUAUUUUUGCGCAUUGGACUAGCAUGAAGCAGAUCUCGCAUGAACAAGAUGGAGGCUACACUUUGGAUGCCAGCUUUCCUGCCAGAUCUGUUCUUGACCUGCAUGUAGGAAGCUGGUCGCUUGUGAUUACAGUCGUGACAGCUAGAAUUUGGUGUAAAAAGCUUUGUGUAC